AAGGGAAGUCGCUCUCUCUCUCUCUCUCUGAGCUGAGACCACCCAGUCGCUCUGUCUAUGCAACACCACAUUACACCGGAAGAUCUCGCCGGAACCCUACUUAGCCCAACCGGCGGCGAAGAAUCCUUGAUUUUCGUCGGGCGAGUCUUGUUGAGUCUCUGCUCAUACAAUGUCCCAUAAGACGAUGCGCUCUGUAUUAGCCAUUAGGUGACUCCCGUAUCGUCGUUUUAACUCGAUGCUUCAUGUUUUCUUCGGCCCUUUGGCUUGAAAGCGCGAAACUACUGUUCCGGAACUCCUCACUCUCUUCUCUGAAAAGUUCUGCUAUUUUCUGCUCCGAGCUUUUGAGCGCCUGAAAAAGUUUAGCCUUUUCUGUCCCCCUUCAGCUAAUGCAAGCGUCUUGUCCUCCUUCUACAUCGUUGUUUCCAUAGUUAUCUCUUCUAUUGUUGGAUUCCUUUCGUUGGCGAGUGGUGAAAGUUUGGUACCUGGCUUUCUUGACUCACAAACGCACCUAAGAGAGCUUCAGUUUGCUUCUUUUCAUUUUGCUUGUUCUAAACUUUGGGAUGGGUCUGUAGUUGCUUUCACAUUUUUCUCAUCUCCACAAGUCGAGAACAGGAAGUGCCGGAAAUGAUGAGAAUGUUGCUGAUUUUAUGCUUACUGGUGUUGUCAUUAGAACCGGCUUUGGUGACACCAGUGAACCCCUCUCUUAAUGAUGACGUUUUGGGGCUGAUUGUCUUCAAAGCCGACGUCCAAGAUCCAAGAGGAAAGCUUGCGUCUUGGGAUGAAGAUGAUGACAGUCCUUGCAAUUGGGUCGGUUGCAAAUGCAACCCCAGAUCCAAUCGGGUCGUCGAGCUCAAUCUUGACGGGUUUUCCUUGUCGGGUCACUUAGGCCGUGGGCUUUUGCAGUUGCAGUUCCUGAGGAAAUUAUCCUUGGCUAAGAACAAUCUUACCGGUAGCAUAAGCUCCAGCAUCGCUAGGCUUGAUAGCCUGAGAGUCCUUGAUUUGAGCGAGAACAGUCUCUCAGGGACUAUUUCUGAUGAAUUUUUCAGGCAAUGUGGGUCUUUGAGGUCAGUUUCUUUGGCUAGCAAUAAGUUCUCUGGCAAGAUACCAGAAACUCUUGGUUCUUGUUCAAUGCUUGCAUCAAUUAAUCUCUCUUCAAAUAUGCUUUCUGGUGUUUUGCCUGACAAUAUUUGGUCCUUGAGUGGGCUUAGAUCUCUGGAUUUGUCUGAUAACUUGUUGGAGGGUGGGAUUCUGGAGGGCAUUGCAGGCAUGAAGAAUCUCAGAGGUAUCAGCUUGAGAAAGAAUCGGUUCUCUGGUCCGAUUCCGGAUGGCUUAGGCAGCUGUUUGCUUUUGAGGUCAAUUGAUUUGAGUGAAAAUGGUCUUUCUGGGAGCAUACCGGAGACAUUGCAGAAGCUUACAUUGUGUACUUAUCUGGAUUUGCAUGGGAAUUUGUUGACAGGGGGCGUGGGAGAUUGGAUUGGAAAAAUUGAAGCUCUUGAAAGAUUGGAUCUUUCAGGUAAUGGGCUUUCUGGGGAGCUUCCGAUUUCAUUGGGGAAUUUGCAGUCACUGGAAGUGGCAAAUUUUUCAAGAAAUGUAUUUACAGGGACACUUCCUAAGGCUCUGUCCAGUUGCAAGAAUCUUCAAUCUUUGGAUUUAAGUAGCAAUGCGUACUUGGGACGUAUUCCAAGUUGGAUUUUGGGGCCAAGCUCGAGUUCACCGUCAAAUAAAGAAGUCGCUGCCAAAUAUGCCAGUCCAGUUUCUUCAGUGGCGGAGGGCUCACUCCAAAAGCUCCAAAUCUUGGAUUUGUCAUCCAAUUCAUUCGCAGGGGAAAUAUCAUCUGAUAUGGGGGAUCUUAUCGGCCUGCAGUCGUUGAAUUUGUCAAAUAACUCCCUUAUAGGUUCUAUUCCAGCGACCAUUGGAAAACUCAAGGCAUUGGAUGUUCUCGAUUUGACUGCGAAUGAGCUAAACGGCAGUAUUCCUUCUGAAAUUGGUGACGCCACUUCUUUGAAAGAAGUGAGGCUUGGAAAGAAUAACCUCAUGGGGAUUAUUCCAAAUUCGAUUGGGAAGUGUUCUGCUCUAACGACUCUGAUCCUUUCACGGAACAACCUAAAUGGUCUGAUACCUGCCUCCUUGUCAAAGCUUGCGAACUUACAGAUGGUGGACCUGUCAUUUAACAAUUUUACAGGAACCCUACCCAAGCAACUAGCCAAUCUCCCCCACCUCCUCUUGUUCAAUAUUUCACAUAACCAUUUUCAAGGGGAACUCCCUCUCGAUGGCUUUUUCAACACAAUAUCACCAUCCUCUGUGUCUGGUAACCCUGCUCUUUGCGGUUCAGCUGUGAACAGGUCAUGCCCUGCUGUCCUUCCAAAGCCCAUCGUCCUCAACCCGAACUCCUCGUCCGACUCCUCUUCUGAUUCCUUACCACCAACUCCCGGUCACCAACGAAUAAUCCUCAGUAUAUCCGCGCUCAUUGCUAUUGGUGCUGCUGCAGUGAUUGUUGUUGGUGUUAUUGCCAUCACUGUCCUUAAUCUUCGAGUCCGAGCUUCCACCUCCCGAUCUGCUGAGGCCCUCACAUUAUCUGCUGGGGAUGACUUCAGUCAGUCGCCCACUACUGAUGCCAAUUCUGGGAAGCUUGUCAUGUUCUCUGGUGACCCUGACUUCAGCACGGGGACACAUGCCCUUCUCAGCAAGGAUUGUGAACUUGGGCGUGGUGGGUUUGGAGCUGUCUAUAGAACUGUGCUUCGAGAUGGGCGAGCAGUUGCCAUCAAGAAGCUCACUGUGUCGAGCCUGGUGAAAUCGCAAGAUGAGUUUGAAAGAGAAGUGAAGAAGCUCGGAAAAAUCAGGCAUGCUAACCUCGUGGCGCUUGAAGGUUACUACUGGACUCCGUCUUUGCAACUUCUGAUAUCCGAAUUUGUAUCUGGUGGGAAUUUGUGCAAGCAUCUCCAUGAAGGAUCAGGUGGGAACUUACUCUCAUGGAAUGAGCGCUUCAAUAUUAUACUAGGGACGGCAAGAGGCUUGGCUCAUUUGCACCAAAUGAACAUCAUUCACUAUAACAUAAAAUCGAGCAACAUUCUGAUAGAGAGUUCCGGUGAGCCAAAAGUGGCAGAUUUUGGUCUAGCAAGGCUUUUGCCAAUGCUGGACCGUUACGUCUUAAGCAGCAAGAUUCAAAGUGCACUUGGUUACAUGGCACCGGAGUUUGCUUGUAGAACUGUGAAAAUAACGGAGAAGUGUGAUGUUUAUGGUUUCGGGGUUUUGGCUCUAGAAAUUGUGACGGGAAAAAGGCCUGUUGAGUACAUGGAAGAUGAUGUGGUGGUUCUUUGUGAUAUGGUGAGAGGGGCGCUCGAAGAAGGUAGGGUCGAGGAAUGUGUUGAUGGAAGGCUACAGGGGAACUUCCCGUCGGAAGAGGCGAUCCCGGUGAUGAAACUGGGUUUGAUAUGCACGUCACAAGUUCCAUCAAACCGUCCGGACAUGGCAGAGGUAGUUAACAUAUUGGAGCUAAUCAGAUGCCCUUCAGAAGGGCAAGAUGAAUCCUCAUGAGUUUAACUGAUACUUCAAAAAGAAAAAAAAAAUUGUGAUAAUAUUUACUUUGCCGGCGAAGCGGAAUCCGGGACUCUGUCUUAUUUGGGAGAAGAACAAUUAGAUUAUUGGGACUUCUGAUGUCUUUUUUUCUGUUGCUGUAUGCUUGUUCUUAAUUAAGGUUUUAGUUUCUUCUCA